CGCACGGCGCGGCGGCGCUCAUUGGUUGGCGCGACAAUAUAAAGUUCCGCAGUGAUUCCUGCACGCAGACAGUGUGAUCGAGUAGGAGGAGAGGACGCACACUUUCAUCGAGGCAGGAUUCUUUGAUUUUACAAAGUUGACCUUCAUCAUUUUCACCAUGAAAGAAAAAAGGCAGCUUUUUGUCGCGAGGUGCAAACUGGUGCUGGUGGGAGACGUCCAAUGCGGUAAAACAGCCAUGUUACAGGUCCUGGCAAAGGACUGCUAUCCAGAGACUUACGUCCCCACUGUGUUUGAAAACUACACAGCCUGUUUGGAACUUGAAGAUCAGCGUGUUGAGCUCAGCCUUUGGGACACAUCAGGUUCUCCAUAUUAUGACAACGUCAGGCCCCUGUGCUACAGCGAUUCGGAUGCAGUGCUCUUAUGCAUUGACAUCAGUCGUCCAGACACAGUGGAUAGCGCACUGAAGAAGUGGAAAGUAGAGAUUCAUGACUUCUGUCCCACAACAAAGAUCCUACUAAUAGGCUGCAAAACAGACUUGCGCACAGACGUAUGCACACUCAUGGAACUGUCCAACCAGAAGCAGACUCCCAUCACCCAUGAGCAGGGCUCAUCUCUGGCCAAACAUCUUGGAGCAGAGGCGUAUCUGGAGUGCUCAGCCUUCACAUCGGAGAAGAGCAUCCAGAGUAUUUUCCGUACUGCAGCUCUCACCUGCAUGAACAAACUCCAGCCUGCCAAUAAAUCCAGUCCUGUCAGGAGCCUCUCCAAGAGACUCCUGCACCUGCCCAGCAAGACAGAACUCCUCUCCUCCACCUUCAGCAAAGACAAGUCCAAGAGCUGCUCUAUCAUGUGAAAACUGUUGGGAAACACAACAUGGCAUCAAGACGUGGAGUUCAUCUGGAUCAGCUGGAUGUGCACUGUAAAGAGGACUGUGAUGUUUGUUUCUGCAAAGCCCCCCUCUCCUUUGCAGUGUCCUUCUUUUGCUUCCACUUUCUGCACUCCUUAUAUCCACCUGUGACACAGAUCGUGAGUUUAUCACCAGCAGAGACAGAGGGAAAGACGUUUGACAUGUCCUUAACUGACCGGAAUUUUAUACUGUACGUAAGAUAAUUUCACAUUGCAAGAAGAUCUUUAGCAGGCACCUUGUAAGGUUCCUCCCAUAACUGUUGUGUUGUGAGUCAUUUUAAAUAAGGUUACAGCACCAGGAAAGUGCUUGUAAAAAUUGCAUUUGCCUGUAUCACCCUGAUGAGUCCUACUUGAAAUUCCAAAAGCUUUUCCCAUUCCCAAUCAAUGUUUUUCUCUGAAUGUCUCUUAAGGUCAUGACAUGGGCUGAGUCACGAGAAGAAAUGUAAAAUCUGACAGUGACAGGGAAGUGUGGUGGGAGAAACGUGGACAAGGUUUGUGUUUUUUUGAGUGGUCCUUGAGGAAAUAAUUCCCUUUAUUGACCUUCUGUAGGGUUUGGGUUGGAAAUUAAAGCUGACAGUAGAUAAGAGACUUGAGUAGGGAACGAUUUGGCAAAUGGAGGGUUCAAUUGCAAAUGCAGUGGGAGGAUGAAGCCAGAAUGCAAUGUGAGUCAACACUCACAUGAGCCACAAAAUAAUCCAGAGUAGACACGGUGUGUGUGACAAAAACAAACAAAAUCCAACACGAUGUACAGACUGAGCAUGUUAUGUUCAAAUCACUGUCAUGACAGCAGUCUGAUUUGCACCAUUCACUAAGCAUAAGUAUUAAUUGUGUUAAAGGGGUCAUAUUAAAUAGUGUAUUGUUUGGAAUAUAAGUCAGUGUCUUUAUUUUUUAAAUACAUCUGAAAAAAUCUUGUCUUAUAUUCAUGCUCUAAGCAUUUACAUGUCUUCUAAAUUCCCAAGACAAGGUGACGCCAAAUACCCAUUAAACUAAUGUGCCCCUGAUGACUGAUUUAGCACAACCCUCUAACUAGCUUACAGUGCUCCCUGACAGAGAGACAUAGUGAUCAUCCUGAACAGAGCAUGGCUCAAAAGUCAGAUCAUUUAACCAGCAAUGGGGAAGUUAUGUUGGAAAAUUGAUGCUCAUUGUGAUAGAUGCAGUACAGUAGUCAUCAUCAAACAACUGUCAAGCAACCAUGAAAUAUGGUAUGAGUAUUUAAUAGCAGAAAAUGGUGAGCCCAGAAAGGCCAUUUUAAAAAUGCCACCAUCAGUCAAAAUAGCUUACAAAAAGCAUCCUGUCUUCCUAAAGGUUGUAGUGCUUCAGUAUCCUGUCUUCCUAAAAGUUGUAGUGUUUCAGUAUGUGGUUGAAAAAAAGAAAUGAGAGUUUCUCAUAAAAUGUGUUUUGUGAGUCUUAUUUUUAAAUGAAAGCAUUUUGUUCAAUAAAAAGAGAAGACUUGGUCCUUUUCGAAAAUUUGCCUUGAAAAAGGGAAGUCAUAGGGCCUUUAUAGAAAGCUAGUAUAUCUCACCAGGUGUCUUAAGAACAUAUAAUGAGGUUUGUAGCCAGAUAUACUCAGUUGAAACAUUUGAGGUGACACAUUCUAAAACAUUUUUUAAAUUGAAGUCUCCAAGAAACAGUUUGCUUUUGUGCCUGUUGAUUUAAAUGCAAACAAAGUUUUGUGGGCCAUCUCUCUUCCUGCAUCCGAAUACGUUGUGUGUGUGUGUGUGUGUCUAUAUAUACUAUGUUUGGUAUAUAUAUAUACCAAACAUAGUACCCAACUUUUACUGUAGUACACUAGAAGUAAGUAAGCAAGUACUGACACGAUUUGGAUGUGCGACACUGCUGUCAUCUUACGUCUUUUAACCCAGAUGUCUACAGAUGACACAUAUGUGCAUUCCCACGUAUGUCAGGAAAAUUUCUGUUUUGCAAUGGCAGACUUUCUUAAAGGGUUCCCAAUCUAUAUUUGUACAAUGCCACAGCCCAUUGGAUGACACUACCAUUUUUAAGUACGUCUGCUAUAUUCUUUGAAUUUUCCUGGGAAGUUCCUGAGUUACCAUCCUCUGCCUACUCAUGGGAUGGGUGUAGUUUUUUUUUUUUUUACACACUAUGGAGGUAGUAGCCCAUCCAGGUACCUUUUUGACUAAUACUAAAUGCAUACAGACACCCUACAGAUUGUGACAUAUGGCUUUUUGCCUUUGUUAUAGUAAUCUAGUACAAGUCUGCCGAUGCAGCCUCUCUGUCCAACAGACUGCAGACUGGUUCAAUGGGUGUGUCUAACAUCAAGCAAGAUUAAACAUAUGAAUUAAUGUGACAUAUGUCACGGGAGUCUAACAUGAGCGGUUUCUGACUUAAUUUUACGCUGAGUUGGGGAAUUUCAAUAUUUAUAGUCUUACAGUUGCUGGACUUGAACAAUAUUUAAAGUAAAACUCCAAAUGUAACUGUGUAAAAUGAAUUAUAAAAUCCUUUUUGAUAUGACCCCUUUAUAUUGAUGUGCAUGGCAUCGCUUUUCCUCGUUUUACAAUAAUCACUUUGUGAAAUCCAAUUUUUAGGUUAUUCUUUUUGUUGUUCAAACAACACAAAAUAAAAUGAUCAUUUCUUCAACCUCUUUUGAAAUGUUUCAGAAAGGGUAUUUUUACAUGAUUGAGCAUUAAUAGAUUUAUUUAAAAGGAAUAUUUCAAUCUUGUGUCUCAUAGAUAUAAAUCACAGUUCGAAUUCUAUCUUUGACCUCUAAAAGAGCCACGCAGGCCAACUCAUUUUGCUUCAACACGCUCCAAGUGCUGUUGUAAAUCAUCAGUUUCGACAACAAAAUGCUUCAAGUGAAUCACACCGACAGGCUGGUCCUGUCUGCAGAAAGAUAAUUUCCCAUCAUACUUCUCAUGUUGUGCUUCAAAACCAUUGUCCAGUUUCAUUUUAAUUCUCUGAGAAAGAUUCUUGAUGUUUCCUAAUUUAUAAAAGAACAUCUCUAGAUGUCUCUAAUGGCUCGUGGUUUUCGUAGCUGGUGAUGUUUGCGUAUCCACUUGAGUGUUGGCAGUAGUGGCUGCUGACAGCUCAGCUAAUGGAGGACUUGAUGAUUUGUAAGUCUGCACCCAGACACCCAGAAUUCUUCGGAUGUACAGCAUGGUGGAAUUUAACGUGUUGCCUAGCAACAGUAGGAGCAAGGCCAGCGUGAUCGGCAGAGGGAGAGAGAUGGUUCUCCAAGAGGGGGCCUCACCUUUUAUUUGUAGUGUCAGACGGAAGCAGCAGCUGAGGUGACGGCCGGGACAUUUCAGGGCGCUGAGAACUGCUCCCAAUCUCCACGGGAUCCCGAAGAACCCAUGCCAGCCGUUGUCACGCGUGUUUUCCGAGCUCUGCAGUCACUCGUUCACUUUUCGGUGCAGUUUUAAACAGGCCCAUCAUUUCUCUGCUUCAAUCCUUGUGGCAGACAGACUUGUUUUGUUGUAUAUUUCCUUCCACUAAAACUUGUUUAUUAGAAAAAGACUGAAGCAAUAUAAAAGGUAUGUGUGAGCUUAUCUAUCGUGUCUUAAAUUAUAGUUUGGUGCCGUGCUGGUUGUUGCCAUGUGCUAUUUUAUUUCAGUAACUGUGUCUGAAGUUAAUUUCCAAACUAUUUAUAUUUCAAAUGUCUAGAAUUUAGUCGUUCAAAGGAUCAGUCGGUCACUGGUGCUGAUUUUGCAGAAUGUGUGACCAAAUUUUGCUGAUUUUUUUCUCCCGUUUAUGCUAGUAUUCCUCUUAAUAUCUUUAUUUCUAAAGUCUGAAACCCUUGUGUAACCAUUGAGGAAAAAAAAUUGGCCAUUUUUAGCACGGUUACCAUCAGUCUGCACUGUUCUUUUACUAAUAAUCUGUUUUUGGACUCUACCUGCCCCUUUGACAGUUGUGAUAUGCUUAUUAUUUUGACAUCUAACUAUUAGUGUUCAUCCUAAAAAUACAGUGAGUAAAGAUGGUCUCAACUUUAA